AUGACGACGACGACGACGAAAAUAAUUCAUGAGCAGGAAGAUGAUGCCAGUGGGCCAUUCGAAGGACCAGAGAAGCUGCUAGAGAUUUGGUUUGAUUGUGGGGCUUUCCGUGGUGACGGUGGCUUGCGUAAAGUCAGCAGAAGCGAGUGGGAGAAUAUGCUGCAGCUAGUCAACUGUCAGAUUCUCAGCGUUAUUAUCGGUGACUCCAUCGACGCUUAUCUCCUCUCCGAGUCUUCCCUCUUCAUCGCUCCUCAUCGCCUUAUCCUCAAGACAUGCGGCACAACCACUCUGCUGCUUGGUUUGGAGAGAAUUCUUGAUAUUGCCAAGGAUCGCUGUGGCCUGAACCCAAAACAUGUCUUUUACUCUCGCAAGGCUUUCAUGUUCCCCGAGCGCCAGAGAGGCCCUCACAGACACUGGCAGCAGGAGGUCCAAGUUCUCGACAAGUUCUUUGGCCCUGGCUCUGCCUACACUGUUGGCAGAAUGAAUGGUGAUCACUGGCUGCUCUAUAUGUCCAGCAAGCAUGAUGAGCACGAUGAAAAGGCUCUUAGCAGAACCCCACACUUGUCUUCUCCUGACAUAACCCUCGAAAUUCUUAUGACAAACCUCCAUCCAGACAAUUGUCGCGCUUUCUUUCUCAGCGACUUGAACAUAACUGGCCACGAAGCGGGUAAACGUCUCUCAGACAGUCUGGGUAUCUCCACUCUCUUUCCCAAUAUAGCGCUCGACGCGUUUUUAUUCACCCCGUGUGGUUACUCAGCCAACGCUACCUGGUCCGACUCACACAGCAGUGAUCGUUAUUUCACGAUACACGUCACGCCCGAAGACGGCAUCAGCUAUGCAUCUUUUGAAACUAAUGCCAGCUAUGCGAGCAGCAAUGAAUUGCGCCAUCUCAUUCAGCGCGUCGUGCAUAUUUUCAACCCGGGUAAGCUCUCUUCUACCCUGUUCGUGGGUGUGGGCGAGAACGAGGAAAUCGAUAUCAAGCCCUCAAACGAAUUCUCCAACAGCCUCCUCGAGAAUUACACCCGCACUGAUCGCAUCAAUUAUGAAUUCUCGGGUUAUGAUCUCGCCUACGCUUGCUAUCAACGGUCGUGA